UUUCAUUUUCAGCGGCGGGCGAAAGAAUCAGAAGAAUCCUCCUUAACCAUGGCGACUCAAGCGGCGAAAGAAUCCGUGCAAUGCUUCGGCCGUAAGAAGACAGCAGUAGCUGUAACCCACUGCAAACGUGGUGUCGGUAUGAUCAAGCUCAACGGCUCCCCCAUCGAGCUUUUCCAGCCUGAGAUCCUCAGAUUCAAGAUCUUCGAGCCUGUCCUCCUCCUCGGCAAGCACCGUUUCGCUGGUGUUGACAUGAGGAUCCGUGUCAAGGGUGGUGGUCACACUUCCCAGGUGUACGCGAUUCGUCAGAGUAUCGCUAAGGCGCUUGUGGCGUUUUACCAGAAGUAUGUGGAUGAGCAGUCGAAGAAGGAGGUGAAGGAUAUCUUGAUAAGGUAUGAUAGGACUUUGCUUGUGGCGGAUCCGAGGAGGUGUGAGCCUAAGAAGUUUGGUGGGCGUGGUGCUCGUUCUCGUUUCCAGAAGAGUUACCGUUAAGUGUUUGGUUUGUUUUGUUUGAGGUUUGGGGUUGUUGCAAGGUUUCGUUUUUAAGGAUUUUAUGUUUUGUUUGGAUAUCUAAGAACUUAUUAUGUUUUGGCUAUGUUAACGUGUUUGGUAUGAGGAAGUUUUAAUAUUUAUCAGUUUGUUUCUUGUCUUGAGAUGUUUUGGAAUUUUCAUAAUUUGAUCAAUGGUUAGGUCAAUUACUUAGAAUGCGUACUUGUGUCGAAAAUUUGAGCUUGUUUGUUGAGUUUGUUAGAAGUUUGUGGCUUUGAUGACGUGACUGAGCUGUAUAAUUG